AUGGCAGCAAUGCGGAGUCCAGUAAUAACUGUGCAGCAGUAUUCCAUGGGGCAUCUUUGCCACGAUCGCGCAGCGUACUCUUCAGAGCUUUUGCCCCUGGCUUUACGCUCCUACCUCACGGCAUACACGAAUAUGUGCUUCACCAUCGGGCAGUUUAUCAGUGCCGGGGUGCUUCAGGGUUUGAUAAGUCGCGACGAUCAGUGGGCAUAUCGUAUUCCGUAUGCUGUGCAGUGGAUAUGGCCAGUACGGUUGCUCUUCAUUGGCAUCCUUAUGCUAGAGUCCCCCUGGUGGCAGGUGCGCCAUGGUCGGUACGAUGAUGCCUUGGCGACGAUACAGCGCCUAACAGCAGGAGAGGAGAAGACCAAAUCCUGGCAGACUGUCGCGAUGAUGAUUCACACAAACCAAAUCGAGCAGGAGAUUGAGGAUGGGAGCUCCUACUGGGAUUGCUUUCGUGGCAGCAACCUCCGACGAACCGAAAUAAGCUGCAUGAGCUUCACAGGCCAAGUGCUCGCUGGCAAUCAGUUUGCCUACACGGGGACCUAUUUCUUCAAGCAAGCAGGAAUAAGUCCAGCGGACGGUUACAAUCUUGGUCAAAGGUGGGACAGCAAUUGCCUUCGUGGGAACGAUUCGUUAAUGGUUCUUGAUGAAGAAUUUUGGUCGCCGGUCCAUGUAUCUUGGGGCUGA